ACGUAGUUCAAGAUUGGCUUUGCACUUCCCACGGUGGCGCACGAUUUACAGUUGUCCGAUACCAUACCCGUACAUUAGCUUACACCUGAGCGGAAGAUGUCAUGUCGGGGGUUAGUCCAAAGUGACAAGAUUGUGUGUUUUGCUGUAAGGCCACCAGGAGAAAGGAAAUGGCAACGGUGAACAGCUGCGACCCAGUGCCAGAUGCUAGGAAAGCGAAAUUCUGGCGAUACUUCUUCCUCCCGACUGCACGAUCAGGUGAUGAUCUACCCGACCCGUGCGCGACGCUAUCUCUUAUAAAUAUUUGAGAAGAGUGUGCUGAAACUGACACUCGGAUGAUUUUCAGGCUUGCCACAUUGCUGCCAGGAGGGUUGUAGUUCGCCUCUAUUGCCUUACGACAUUCCGGUAGCCUCGACCUUCAUAAUAAUAUAACAUACAAGUAUUUUGUUUCAGAAGAAACCAGAAUUUGUAUUGCAUGUUCAUUUCCCUUCCAUUGCAGCCUUUCUACAGAUUUGCCCCGUCUACGCCGAAGUACGUUGCAGUGAACAAACACGGAUAGGCAAGCUAUGCAGUACGUCGCAGUGUGUCUCUUCGCCUCUGCCAGCCUUGGUAUCGCCUUGGUGGUGGCGACACCACGAGCGCGCCCUCUCGCCAACGUAAAAGAACUUUCCGAAUCCGCCGGGCGUCAGCUUAUACAAAGAGUACAAGGAGGGCGCUUCCAUCAACACGUCCGAGCUCCCGUCACUCGGCGUUUGCAAUGGCUGGACAUGUUGCUAGGCAAGUACAUGCUAUCAAAGCGUGGAAGGCCCAAAGAGGUCAAAACACUGCAGCUUUAUGUGGAAUCGUACGGUCGAACUCCAGCGGCAAUGGAUGUUGCCGUUGAUUGUGGACUUACUCCAGAACUGGCUUGUGCCACUGUGUCCGACGCACUGCGGGCCUCCACCGAGCUGAUAUCACCUCCGACACUUGUUAUCAACCUCAUUGGCAAUCCUAAAGAUGGCUGCUUGAUUUCUGCUGGCCAGACAAGGUUGGAAGUGGUGAUAGAGAGGGCAGUAUCGCUGCAAGUCAGAGCGGCCAACAUCAAAGGCUGCAAGUACGCCAGGUUGAUGUACAUACCGGGAUUUCUCAAGCUCUACGGUGACUACACGCUGCAAAGACAAAGUGUGUCUCUGGAGAGCCUGCUUUUCGAGCGGGCUGAGACAUCUCCACCAGGUCGAAAGCUUUCAUACUCCGUGCUGACAUUCGCCUCAAACCCGCGUUCUAACGCCUCCAAUAGCUUGGCCAUCUCACUUCGAGACUGUGCUUUCAAGCUCACUGAUGACGUAGCCGCCGUGCAGGUGGUCAUGAAAAACAACGAAACACUUCACGUGACCCUGUCACAGUGCAACUUCACAGGAGUUGGCCUUGGCAGUACAGGGGGGUCGAUGGUAUCUUCACACAGUGUAUACAUAUCGAGCUUCGGGCGCACGAGAAUCGACAUUUCAAACAGUCGCUUCACCAAUCUGUACAGCGCAACACGUAGCUGGUCCUUCUAUAGACAAGCGGUAGUUCGACUCUCUACAGGAAAGCAACCACCCAUUCCUGGGGCCGUUCACAUCGUCAACACCGUGUUCGAGAAAUGCGCCGCGAAUCACCUGAUCGACAAUCCAGGUUUUGACUUACGGGUGCAAAGUAGCAGCUUCCUCAAUAAUCUGCUCAUCAGCGACGCAAUACAGACAGACUACGAAAAGUCUCUGAAUGUUAACAACUGCGUAUUCCUAGCAAACACGCUUAAAAGUCGAAUGUCUGGUGAGAUAUGCUUCGGUUCCUUGGAGAAAGAACUUCCUGACAAAAAGCUCCCAACGCGCGUGAUGCGAAUCGAAGGGAACAGAUUCGAGCGCGUCUUUCCUGACGGGAUGGAAAUGACGCAUUUUCAGCGCUUCAAUAUCGUCGGCUACGGGCGCUACCGACCAGGAAGUCGAAGGCCAUUUGACGUCGUGCAGCUCAGCAAGAACGAGUUCAUUGACUCGACCGUGUACGCUAGAGCUAGUGUUCCGGUGAUUCGCACUUACAACGUCAACUUCAAGAUGGUGGAUAACAUAUACAGGAUUGGACGUAAUGGAACGGCAGAGACGGUGACCGUGAAGGGCAAGUGGGUGGACAACACAUUCGGGAACCCACCAUCCAUAUUCUAAGUCGAGAUAUCUAUCAUUCUCUCUUUUCUUUCUCCUUACCUUCUCCCCAACCCUCCUUCCCUGUAACAUAAUAAAAUAUUCGCUGCCUUGUCAUUGAGCAUUUGUGCUCUUUUGGAUUAGCGAAUUCAAAUAAAGUAUACAAACAAACAAACAAACAAAUCCGUUCCUAACCUACGUAUACAAAUUCGUAUUUUCAAACAAUAAGAGGACAGAUAAAGUGUUUUAAAG